AUGCCGCCAGUCCUGGUACACAUUGACGACCCCAUCGUCCCAGUCGCUCAGGCGAUUUCAGGAAACCAAUCCGACAACGUUUCAUCACAACAACAGGCUCCAUAUCCUCCCGCCAGACCCGGCGCUGCGGCAGGACCAGCACCGACUUCAUAUGUAUCUGCACCACAGCCGCAACCACAACCUUCCAGAACAACAACAACAGCACAGACCGAUCGAUAUGCGCCCCCUCCACCGCAGCCAGGUGCUGUCCCGAUACCACCGUCACAGCAGAACACCCAGCAAGCACCCGCGCCCACCUCCCUGCCUCCUCCACCCAAGGCCGGCGAGGCACCGAACCCAACUCCCGUAACCACCAUGCCACCCCAAAUGGGCAUCCCGCCUCCCCAACAAAACUACACGCCGACGCACAGCACAUCUGCGCAAGCCCCGCCGACAGCAUCAUAUCCGCAGCAACAGACCACGCUCAACCUCGGCCCGCUGUCGUCGCCGCCGGCCGGCUAUCACCAGAACUCCUACGCGCAGGAGAUCAGCUCCGCGCAGCGGGCGUCGCUCGGGCAGCAUGAGCAGCGGGAGGGAUAUGCGCUCGGACUCGGAUCCGGAGCCGGUCCGUCUUCCGCCGGCGGUGAUGCCGCGGGAAACGUCUGGAACGCGGUCAAAGGUUGGGCGAACGUGGCAGGCACCAAGCUGGCCGAGACGGAGGAAGAGGUCUGGAAGAGAAUCAACGGGAAAAAGUGA